AGUUGUCUUGCACCUAUUACCCAAAGAAGCAAUAGAAGAAAUUCGAACUAGGAGUGAGAGUGGAAAUUUUUUUCAGACGUAUUGAAUAUUUCUUAGAUACAUGAUGCGGAUCAUAUGCGUAUUCUUUUUAUUGUUGUUUGCCAUAAUGACAGUUGGUGCUAAGUCGACGAUAUCAACAUUGUGUGAAAUGAAAUCAUGUGAAAGCCCCUCCAUCCUGGAUUGUUCUCACUUAAACUCAUCAGUCAGUGGUCGCUGUUGUGUUAAAGAGAAGGAAACACUUUCUCCAUCUACAGUUACGGGUAUUGAUUUGAUUGGCUGCCAUUUGACGAACAUAUCAAGACUUUUUCACUCCAUGGGGCAUCUCGUUUUCUUAUACCUACACAAAAACAACAUUAGUGACAUUGAUGUAGAUGAUUUUACUGGAGUUAACGAGCUGAAGAACCUAACUCUGCCUCCCAAUUUGUCUUGUCCUGGUGGACAUAUUUUGUGGGACAAAGAAAUAAAUCACUCAGACAUGGUAGAAUGCGUAGAGGAACAGAGCACCUGCAAAGUUUUCAAUGUAACUUGCCCUAACUCCAAUAGCUACUGUUCCGAUGUAGGACCCAGGGUCACCGAGUGUUUGUGUAGUCCAGGUUACCAUGGUUACAAAUGUUUAAGGAAGGAUCAUUUUCCUACAGCGACAUUUGUGGUAGGAAUAUGUGUAAGCACGGUGGUGGUCUCAGCAUUUCUAUGGAUUACGCAGAGAAGGAAAGUGAAGAAGCACUAACACAGAGAUGUGUCGGACUCUCUAAUUGGUUAAACUGGAAUCUGUUGUCCUUGACUGUGAUCAUUUUAUUAUACUCAUAUUCCAAGACUUGGGAUCAAAAGCUUUCAUUGUAUACAUGCAGGUUUGAUUAGUCAUUCAUACGUUAUGAAGUAUUCUUGUUCUUUUACGACUUUCUUAUGAUGUUUGACGAUUGUAUUUUUUUAGGGUGCGUAAGACAUGCUAAUUGAUUCUUAUAUUUACCAGUAAGUACAUGUACGGGUAACUUCAAUUUUUAUUUUGGAAAUGCUGUGUUGUAAAGAGAAAAUAGGACUUAAAGGGUUUUUUUUGCUGGUUGUUUUUGCAUCAAUGUAUAGAUUUGGAAGGACAGGGUGAAAUAACUUUUAACCAAAAAAAUUUAAAAACAGGAAUAUGAAAAAAUUUAAAUUGAUGUUUUCAUUAUUAUUAAUAAGUUUCAGUUAAUUGUCCACAACAGAAAUCCUAUUGGAAUUUUUCAAAUGACAGACUGUGGAUAUGUAUGUAUAUCUAUGCAUGUGUGUUUUGUUGUAUUUUUAUUUUCAAAAGCAGUUUAAAUGUAGAAUCUAGUCAUAUAUGUAAUUCAUUGAAUUGUGAAGGAAACGCAUCAGAUAAUGCUAUAUACCUGUGAGACUUUGGUUCAAAUGUUUAGCAAUUUUAAUAGUGCCAAAUGUUCAUUUAUGUGACUUUGUUUUCUUAAUAAAUCAUAUGUGUUUUCAAAUUUUUGUUUUCAUUGGAAUGUUUAUUUAUAGUUUUAAAGUUUUUUGAUUGUUGACCAUUAAGAUAAAUGAAAGUUUGUUUCAUAAUGUCAUUGCUAUAUUUAUAUCAUUUAAUAACGUGACAUUGACAGGUGUCAGUAUUUUUUAUUAAUUACAUUGUAUUAUUAUUAAUCAUUUGAAUGUUCUAGAGAAGACUGCAAACAUGUACUUUUAAAUAUAUGAUAUCAUAUUUUUGUAUCCAUUCGCUCUUUUGUACGUUUUACAUGAUAUUAAAACCACUGCAGAUGAAAAU